AGAAAACAAAAAACAUGGAAGGUCAUAAGUACAAUUAUCCAAGGGAAUUUUAUGACCAAUAUGCUCAAAGCCAAGAAAAAUCUGUGGUCAAUAAAAUGCAACAGAAAUACUGGAAAACAAAACAAACCCUUAUAAAAGUCACAGGCAAAAAGGAAGAUGAACAUGUUGUGGCUUCAGAUGCAGAUCUGGAUGCAAAACUAGAGCUGUUCCAUUCUAUUCAGAGAACAUGUAUGGAGUUGCUGAAAGCAAUUGAACUGUAUCAAAAAAGGAUUUGUUUUCUGUCUCAGGAAGAAAAUGAAUUGGGGAAAUUUCUUCGAUCACAGGGUUCUCAGGAUAAAACGAGAGCAGGAAAAAUGAUGCAAGCCACAGGAAAGGCCCUCUGCUUUUCUUCUCAGCAAAGAUUAGCACUGCGUACUCCUUUGAGUAGAUUGUAUCAAGAAGUGGAGACUUUCAGAUAUAGGGCCAUUUCAGACACAUGGCUGACAGUAAACCGAAUGGAACAGUAUCGGACUGAAUACAGAGGAGCCCUACUCUGGAUGAAAGAUGUGUCUCAGGAGCUGGAUCCAGAUCUUUAUAAGCAGAUGGAAAAGUUCAGGAAGGUUCAAGCUCAAGUGCGACAUGCAAAACUCAACUUUGACAAACUGAAGACUGAUGUCUGUCAAAAAGUGGAUCUUUUGGGAGCAAGCAGAUGCAACCUUCUUUCUCAUGUGUUAACAACAUACCAGACAACACUUCUUCAUUUUUGGGAAAAAACUUCGCACACGAUGGCAGCAAUCCAUGAAAGUUUCAAAGGUUAUCAGCCAUAUGAAUUCACUAUGUUAAAGAGCUUACAAGAUCCUGUGAAUAAACUAACAGAAAAAGCAGAAAAGGAGGACCUGCAGAUUGAGAGCACCAAAUCAGUACAAGAUCAGCAGAAUCAGUUGAUUUCAUUAGAUGAGGAGAGCCAUACCAAGGAAUUAAACUAUUCAGGUGCCAUAGAUGACUUAUUAGACCUGCAACCUGAAGAAAAUGCUUCAAAGGAUCAGUUUGUGAGGUCCUUGGAGUCAGAACCUGGUGAUAAGGAUGACAUGGUAUUACUGAAUGAGAUCCUCAAUGCUUCCUCCCUGGAUGAGGGGGAAUUCAGCAAAGAGUGGACAGCUGUUUUUGGACAGGUGGCACUUGCUGAUCUCACCAUGAACUCUUCAGCUGGAGAUGUGGAGAACACUUCAUUAUCUGUGGCACCAACACCAUCAGGUUACUUGCCCUCACAGCUGUUAGACCAAAACAUGAAUGACUUGCAGUCAUCUUUACAUGGAUGGGCAGCUAACAGUGUGAGCCGACCAUCUAUACCACAGCCAGCACAGAAACCAAACAGCCUGAAUGUGAAUGCUAACAAGACGCCUGUGAAAGAACCUACAAAGAAUCCUAAAGACUUGACUGCCUGGUUCAGUCUCUUUGCUGACCUUGACCCGUUAUCCAAUCCUGAUGCUGUUGGGAAAACUGAUAAAGAACAUGAAUUGCUUAAUGCAUGAGUCAGCUGCCUAUGGUAACUCACAUUCCUCCAUUCAUCAACACUAUUUUGGGGUUUAAAAAAACUAAUGAAAAUUAGUAUGCUGUUGUGAAACUAUGAAGUAUGUGCCAUGAUAAUAAAACUAAAGGGAAUGAAUCCCCUUUUAUAUAGCUACAGUUAUUUGCUCUUGUUUUGUAUAAAGAGUUCACAUUUAUUUUCUACGUGGAUUUACAAAAAUGAGGUUAAGAAUUAGGGCAGAUUUCUUGCCAAAUUAGAUUAUCUGCUGAAACACUGUCUUUGCCUGAGGUGAUGCGGAGCUAACACUGGAGUGAAAUAUAAAUUGCAAACCUAUUUUUUUAUAAUGUUUCUUGAGUAAAUAAAAGAAAAAAAUCAUGUAACUGAGGAGGCUGCAUGAGUCAAACAUCUAUCAUGUAUAUAGUUAUAUAUAUUACUGCUAUGUUAAGAUGUCUACUAAAUUUGUUUUGUUAGUACUCACAGUGAAAAAUAUGUGCUGGGGCUAAUUAUUGAAGAAAUACAUCUCUGUCUGUGCAGCCAUGGAAAUUGUGCUCUUUCUGAUUUAACUUAUUAGACAAACUGCACUACCUAAACAGAAGUCAUGCCUAGCAGGCUUCUUUUCUGAGGUUUUUCUCCAUUGCACCAACAGAAUUUGUACCUGUUUGCAGAAGUUUCUUGCAACUGAUGCUUUACCAUGCCUUCAAAACAUUCAUAUUUCUGUUUGGAGUAUUUUUCAUCCAAUUUAUUUCUGAAGCAUGU